AUGAUUGCCAAAAACUAUCCCGUCAAAAUCUUCGCGCCUACGCCCAUGCUGGGCUACGGCUAUGAUGUCGUCGACUUCUGGACCACCGUCUUGGACGAAAACACCCGUCCCGACGCCAUCAUUGCAGACAGCGGCUCCACCGACCCAGGCCCGUACAUGCUGGGUAGCGGCCGGACGAUUGUCAGUAAACAAGCCUUUGCACACGACCUCACCCCGAUUCUCGAGGCCUGCUUCGACUUUGGCAUUAAAUUGCUCGUCAGCUCCGCCGGUGGCGCGGGCACGAAUGAGCAGGUGGACAUCCUGGUCAACAUCGUGCGCGAGAUCAGCGAGCGCAAGGGCUACCGAUUCAAGGUGGCGACCAUCAAGUUCAAGAACGACCGCGAGGUAAUACUGAGCCAGCUACGAGCGGGCGCCAUCACACCCUGCGGCCCAGGUCCCGCGCUGAAGGAGGAAGAUGUGUCGGACGCCGUGGCCAUCGUCGCACAGAUGGGCGCUGAACCUUUUAUGAAAGCACUAGAGGACCCGGACGUGGAUAUUGUCAUCUCUGGGCGAUCAUACGAUCCCGCGCCCUUUGCAGCAUUCAGUAUGCACCGCGGCGUCCAGCGCGACCCGGCGUGGCACAUGGGGAAGAUCGUUGAGUGUGGUGGACAGUGCGCGGUGCCCAAGGGCCGCUCUAUCCUGGCGACCAUGUACCAGGACAGUUUUCAGUUGACGCCUAUCACACCGGGUCAGCGAUGUAUCCCCCGCUCUGUGGCAGCACACACCAUGUACGAGAAAACCCGUCCAGACAGGCUCCCUGGCCCGGGUGGCGUUUUACAUCUGGACAAGGUACAGUUUGAGCCACAGACGGACGGCCGGUCUAUCCACAUCCAAGGGGCUGAGUUUGUGCCUACGCCGACAUACCAGAUCAAACUCGAAGGGGCUACACAAGUCGGUUUCCGUUCCGCCUUUAUCGGAGGCAUUCGCGACCCCAUCCUCAUCCGGGGCAUCGACGACUUUCUCGAACACACGGUGCGGCCGAGGACAAAAGCGGCGUUCCCGACACUCGGAGAAGCGAAUGGUCCGCAAUUGAUAUUCCACAUCUACGGGAAGAACGCUGUCAUGGGCCCGCUCGAUCCCGAUGCCACCACCGCGGUGCCCCAUGAAAUCGGUGUUCUGGGCGAAGUCAUCGCCACGACCCAGAACGAAGCCGACGCAGUCGCGGGAUACGCCAGGGUCAUGAUCCUCCACGGCGAAUACCCCGGCCAACUGGCCACCGCGGGCAACUUCGCCUCGCCGCUGACGCCGUUGGAGCAGUCCGUGGGACCGGUGUACAAGUUUAGCGUGUACCAUCUGAUGGACGUUGAGGACCCGCUCAGUUUCUUCCCGAUCGAGUCGUUUGUGAUUGGCAGCUCGGACGCAUCGCGGUCGAAGCUGGUACGGUCUGAACGGCCGGUUCGACAGGCUGGAGACGCAGCCACUCCUGUAAGCGCAGGUAAGUUCAGCUCCAAGACCCGAAAAGAAAAGGAGUUUAUCCCAGGAAACUAUGAAAACCCCAUACUAACCAUCCACUCUGCAGCCCCCGCGAAACACACCCUCCCAGAUCUCUCGCAACCGACCCGUAUCGCCGACCUCGCCGCCGUCGUGCGCUCCAAGAACUCGGGCCCCUACGAAAUCACGCUCGACAUCCUCUUCGACGACCCCACCAUCUGGAAGCACGUGCGCGACAGCGCCGUCCUCAACAAGGACGUCAUGAGGAAUCUCUACCACCUGGCCAGCGACGACGACAUUCUGACCUGUAUGUUCUUCGAGCCCGCGCUCGGGUGGAAGUGCACGUUCAAGCGACCGGCAAAUCAGUUGCAGGGCAGCGUGGGCGAAAGGGACACGUUCGGCACGCAGCAGCACGCGCCGUUGUUGAGGAUUGAGGUGCCGCCGUUGAAGACCUGA